AUGAGAGUGGUAUUUGAUGGGGUUGAUGAGUAUGAGGUAUUAGAGGAGAUAGUGGUUAUAGUUGUUAACUUGGACACUAAAAGUUGUGAUUGUGGGAUGUGGCAGUGGUCUGAUGUUCCUUGCAGCCAUGCUAUAGCUGUGAUAAUGAAUAUUAGAAAGGAGUCUGGAAAAUUUAUAAAUGUGCAGUUAAAGAAACACAUGUACAUCAACACUUAUAGUGUGACCAUCCAUCAUAUACCAAGACAGUUAUCAUGGCCUAUUGUAGAUGCAAAAGAUUUCCAGCCACUAGAAAAGAAGAGGAAGCUUGACAAACCAAAGAAAGCUAGGACAAGAGUUGCAGCUGAGCCACAGAAGUUGAAAAGGUUUUUCACUUUACAAUGUGGUAUUUGUAAUGGAUUGGGACACAAUAGGAGAACAUGUCCCAAUGCUGCUACAAAGGAGAGAAAGAAGUGA